GCCCAGCCCCAACCGAUGGCGGGGGUGGCGCCUGCGGGCCGUGCUACCGCCCUGGGCCGCCAUUGCCGGGCCUCUCGCUCCGCGCCGCGGAGCUCCCUCGCCUCGCCGAGCAGAGCGGGGCGGCCGGCCUGACGGGGCUGCCCCUGACCGAGCUCGCAUCCCCCCACCGCCAGAGCGCACGGCCCACAAACGCUGCACCUGACGGCUGCCCCACCCCAGCGGGAGAAGUGGACAUGAGGUUGGCAGGUCCCCUCCGCAUCGUGGCCCUGGUCAUCACCGUGGGCCUCACCUGGCUCGUAGCCAGCAUCCUCCUCGGCGGGCCUGGCGGUGGCUUUCCUCGCGUCCAGCAACUCUUCGCCAGCCCAGAGAACUCUGUGACUGCAGAGCCGAGGGCCAGGAAGUACAAAUGCGGCCUGCCUCAGCCGUGUCCCGAGGAGCACCUGGCCUUCCGCAUGGUCAGCGGGGCUGCCAACGUCAUUGGACCCAAGAUCUGCCUGGAGGACAGGAUGCUCAUGAGCAGUGUCAAGGACAACGUGGGCCGGGGACUGAACAUCGCCCUGGUGAAUGGGGUAAGCGGAGAGCUCAUCGAGGCCCGCGCCUUCGACAUGUGGGCGGGAGAUGUCAAUGAUCUCCUGAAGUUUAUCCGGCCGCUGCAUGAAGGCACCCUGGUGUUUGUGGCUUCCUACGAUGACCCAGCCACCAAGAUGAAUGAAGAGACCAGGAAGCUUUUCAGCGACCUGGGCAGCAAGAAUGUCAAGGACCUGGCCUUCCGAGACAGCUGGGUGUUUGUAGGGGCCAAGGGUGUGCAGAACAAGAGCCCCUUUGAGCAGCACGUGAAGAACAGUAAGCACACCAAUAAGUACGAAGGCUGGCCCGAGGCGCUGGAGAUGGAAGGCUGCAUCCCCAGGAGGACCGUGGCCAGCUAGCGGCCAAGCUCGAGGACCAGACUAAGCACGGCUGUGUGUACCCAGCCAGGAGGAGGCGCCGGCACAGCGCUGAGGCCCGACCCCACGCCAGCCAGGAGCCCUCCUGCCCCAGCACGUCAGGGCUCCAAGGCGGUGACCAGUGAGCAGACCAGGCCCAGUGGGGGGGCCGCGCUGCGGCCCCAUGGCGCUUUGUCCGGGGGCCCCAGGUACCCGUCUCCUUUUCCUAAAGCUGCUCUGCUGGCUGACACCCACCCAAGUCCCAAGCGCCUGCGGCCCCAAGUCUAGUAGCAGCUGCCUGGCAGGUCGGGGCAUCUUCCGGAACCUCUCCGUCCUAGAGUGGCUCGCUGUUCUGCAGGCCAGUCCUGUUUUCGUUCUGCUGAGCCGAACGUGGUGGCCACUCCCGGCGCCUGGCUGCCUCCUGCCUUGCUCUCGCGGGAAGGGGUGACCGCUGGGAGCCAGGCCGGCCGGGCAGUGAGGUUGCCAGCCCGAUGGCACUUCCUAGCGCGGCGGGUGGCAGCUCCUGCGGUUUGUCUGUCAGAGGGCCCGCUUUCUAAAUGACGUCUUAAUAAACUGGUGGCCCCCUA